AUGGAGAUUUCUAUCACGACUGUGAAUGGAAAAAACAUAAACCUAGAGGUUGACGAUAGCUCCAACACAAUCGACCUAAAGAUCCAUGGACCAACCCGUCAGUUGGUUCUUCGUCUCGGUACAGAACAGGAUCUGGAUUCGGAUCCAAAGGCAUCCAUGCAGAUUUAUGUAUCAACCUUUGAGCUGGGAACAUUCAACUUUAUGGUUGAGAGGACGGAGACCAUUGAAGACGUCAUGGCCAAGAUCCGUCAUGGUGAAUGGGCCCCAAUAUUAGUGGAUCCGAAGGCAUUUAUGCUGAUCUUUCAAGGUAAGGAGCUUGAAAACAGACGCACCCUAGCUGACUACAGAAUCAAGAAGGAUUCGACACUUGUCCUGUUACCACGUCGUUGA